CGGCCAGUAUCGCUUAGAACGAACGGUGGAAACGACGCGUCUUGUCAGUCAUAAAUUGUAAUGCGGUUGACUUAUGUUGUAGGCACUUUGUUAACAGGUUAUGCCUAAUUUACGCUUUCCGCGCCGUUGCUGACACAUUGAACCAUUUAACGGGCCCCCAGCCAGAAACGACGCAGUCGGCCGUGAAGGGGUGUGAAAUACAGAAGCUCGCCGCGGUAGUGAUCGAAGCCUCCAAUAAUAAGCAGGUGUAAAACUAACAACAGUCCCAUCGUACACGCUGCACACGGUAAGUCACAUUAGACAACGUUCCUCUGCCUCAGCGGAUUUCAUCAUCACCAUAAUAAAGAAUGAGCCAAAAGCCACCGGCCGAACCAAGCGCCGGGCUCCCGGAGUUUGUCGAAGCAGCGGUUGCGAAGACAGCACGCGAGUUGGGAUUCACUGCCGGCCAGUUUACGGUCAGCUUCGAACCCGGAUCCAGCUGCGAUGGGUUGAUCGGUGAAAUCUACCAGGCAACCGUGACGGAAGGUGCCCGCGAGGUGGUACUUUUCUGUAAAAUUCCACCGCUUGAUCCGGCACGCCGCGAGCAGUUCAAUUCGAUGGGGUUGUUCCAACGGGAGGUGAAAUUGUAUUCCACCGUCCUACCGGCAAUGUUGGAAUUUCAACGGGAAAAGGGUGUUUCGGAAGAGGAUGGUUUCUACAGUAUUGCUAAGUGCUAUUCCACCUAUCUGGAUAUGGAAACGGAAAAUUCGUUAGUUUUAAUGGAGAACCUACGGACUAGAAAUCUUCGUUCGUGGAACAAACUGGAGCCCAUCGAUUAUGAUCACGCUCGUUUGUUGAUGAUCGCACUGGGACGCUUUCACGCAAUUUCACUAGCCUUGAAGGAUCAGCAACCGGAACUGUUCGAGCAGUUUAAACUGCCGGACGUUAUGCUUGCGGCUGUUAAGGAGAACGAGCAGAUGGUUGGAAUGUUUGAAGCUGCACUCGAUAACGCUGCUUCUUUGCUGGAUUUGCACGAGACAGAGGCUAGGUCGAAAAUGGACAAACUGAAGCAAAAUUAUAUGUCCGUAGUGGAGACUUGCCUUGACGGGAACCAAGCGGAGCCGUACACUGUGCUGAAUCACGGAGAUUGUUGGGUCAAUAACAUUUUGUACGGAUAUAAGGGCGAUUCACCGAACGAAUUGGUCCUCAUAGACUGGCAGUUGGCCCGCUACGUGUCGCCCGCCUUGGACGUGCUGUACUUUCUGUUCUGCUGCAGCGAUCAAUCAUUCCGACAGAAACACUACGGUGAAAUGUUACGCAUUUAUCAUACAUCUUUGACGAUAAUGCUCGAACGACUCGGUUGUGAUGCCGCCAAAUUAUUUCCUUUCGCUGCCCUCGAGGAGCAGCUGGUUCGGUUCGGAAAGUUUAUCCUAAUCAUGGGCUCGUUUGAUAUUCCCAUUCUGUGCACCGAUCCAGCUGAUAUGCCCGACCUGGGUGGGGACAUUUCGGAAGCUUUUGCGACCUCCCCGGCAGCGCAGCGAAGGUACGCCGGCCGAAUGCUAGGAUUGAUUCACGACGCGAUAGAAUACGGUUAUCUAUAGAUAAGUGGCAAUUGAAAU